AUGCUCGUCUCAGAAGCUGUUGUUGUUAACCUUCGUCCGCUGACUCCGAUCGAUGAGUUCCCAUGCCGAUCUCUCAAGUUUACACCUGAUACUACCGAUGUAUGUAUCGGGCGAGCGUCAAAGCGGGAGUCCAAGAACCUCGUUCCCUGCAAGGAUAAUGGGCUAUUCGAUUCGCGAGUCAUGUCAAGAAACCAUGCCCAACUGAUAGUACGUCUGGAUAAGAAGCUCGCCUAUCUUCGAGAUGGUGGAUCAAUGCACGGUACCUACGUAAACGGAAAGAAACUCGCCAGCGAGGAGGAACACCCGCUCAGUCAAGGGGAUCUUAUCACAUUUGGCACAGAAGUGAUUCGUGGUAAAGAUACGUUCCCACCGGUACAAGUACGUUGUGAACUUGACUGGCUUCAUAAGCCUACACCCAUGAAUACGUUCUGUGUACCUGAUGAUGACGAUGACAAUGACGUCGAAACUGAUAAUGCUCCGGUGUCGGUUGUGGAGGUCUCAUCACCUUUUACCUCACCUUUGAAGAAGGAUUCACCGAACAUUACCCUUUAUUCAUCUGUCAACAUGCUUGAUAACAGUGACUGUGCUGCUCGCCACGGAUCCCAAGAUAGUCCCAUUAACCUCGACUGUGAUCCGGCUGAACAGCCUUUGGUGACUCCGCGGAUGACCCCACCAGCGGCGAUAAGUACCCUCGAUGAGGAGCCUGGCGAGGGAGUUGCUCAUCUGGAUGUCUUUGUGGAAGAAACUGGUCUCGAGUCCUCUCUAGAAUCCACUCCUGAAGGGAGUUCGGACUGGGAGGAGGAUGAUGAUGAUGAUGAUGUUUCCUACGGCGACGAAGAGGAGAUACACUCGCAGUGCUCUUUGGACUCCGACAUGGAAGAAGACUCAUGCGUCUUUGACGAUUAUAAGACUAUGAAGACUUCUCAGGUCCUCGGUAUUCGUGAUCUGAUAGCGUCCGAUUCCUCCUUCGACUUCGAGGGAGCAGCUCAUCGACCGAAUUCUGGGGUUGCCGAGCCUCGCUUCGAUGACGAAAAGGGAAAUGAGGUGUCACCCAUUUUACCCAAGGCUAUCCCGUCCGACUUGCCUGUCAUUGAGCAUACUUCCUCACAAUCAAUCUCUCACAAUGUAAAACCAAGCGAAAUCUUUCCUAUCCAAGCGCCACAGUCAUCAAAUAUGCUGCCGUUGUCCCUGUUGUGUCAACAAACACAGAACAGAUUUCUCCCUAAUUCUCUCAUUGGACUCCAGCAGAAUCCUCUGGCGUCUCCUGUCGAUUGGCAUCCUGGGAGUGUGUAUCCGCUUCCUGUCCCAGCUCUCCCAAAGGUGACCUAUUCUGAUGGCCCCUUUGCCAAUGAGCUUACUGCGGCAAAUAGUACUGCAACUACUUGCGAAACCACCGAACCUACUGUCGCCAACCCGGCCACAGCUUUCCCAGUGAGCAAGGACGUUGAGCCGAGCGAGCAAGAUAUCUGGAGAACUGCCGUGGUCUCAGAGCAGCCGAGCACAUCACAGUUGCCGCCAUCGCAGAGUGCCAUUCCCCCGCAAGAUCCCGGUUCCAACGUACAAGAAUCAAGGCCAUUGAAAAGGAAGGCAGAGGCUAUUGAAGAACCCCUGACCAAUCCAUCGCGGGAAAUACAGGUUUUGGAUUGUGGUCACAACGAGACAGACUCACUUGAGGCUCAGCCAAGGAAGCCAUCGGAAAAGCAAGAUAUUAUUCCGCGUUCUCUCCCAGACCUGGUCCCUACAAAUGAGUCUACACCCGCCAGUCAAACUCCCAAUGUUCCUACCAGCUCCGAACGACCUCUCAAACGAGCAAAGAAGUCAGCUGCCCGGAGCUUCGCCAGCCAUGCUGCUACUGCUGCCCUGGGAGUUGCGAUAGGUGCUCUCGGUACUAUUGUCACGUUGGCCUCGCUUCCUCCCGACUACUUUUAUGAAUGA